AUGAUUGAGAGUGAAAGGCUCAAUUUCAUACGUGGUAAGCAGAAGAAUCUACGUUCCGAGUCAUUUGAAAAUCUCCAAAAGUAUAAGGACAAUGGUAAACAAAAUUUAUCAAACACUGGUCAAAAGGUAAUUUUACCUUCAUCUUUUACUGGAGGUGCUCGGUUCAUGCAACAAAACUACCUGGAUGCUAUGGCGUUAUGUAAGUGGUUUGGAUACCCAGAUUUUUUCAUAACCAUUACUUGCAAUCCCAAAUGGCCUGAAGUUUCAAGAUUUCUUAAAGAUACUUCCAUUAAAGCAGAAGACAGGCCUGAUAUAUUAUGUCGAUUGUUCAAGAUGAAGCUGGAUUCAAUGAUUAAAGAUAUAAAGGAUAAUAAAUUUUUUGGUGAAAUCAAUGCCGUUGUUUAUACAGUUGAAUUUCAAAAACGUGGUCUACCGCAUGCACACAUUUGUUUAUUCAUGAAGGUGGAUCAUAAACUUCCGACUGUAGAUCAAAUAGAUCCUUUUAUUUCUGCUGAAAUUCCUGAUAAAUCAGAAGAUCCUCAAUUACAUUAUCUGGUGUCUGAGUAUAUGAUUCAUGGUCCUUGUUGGACUGCUAACCUGAGUUGUCCUUGCAUGGUUGACAACAAAUGUUCUAAACGAUUUCCGAAAAAAUUUUCUGAUCAUACAAUUAUUGACUCAAGCGGUUUUCCGGUAUAUCGAAGGCGAGAUCCUGGGCAUACUGUUAUGAAAAAAGGUGUUCAAUUAGACAACCGAAGUGUCGUACCUUACAACAAAGGUCUAUUAAAAAGAUACCAAGCACACAUUAAUGUUGAAUGGUGUAACCAAGCUGGUUCGAUAAAGUAUCUUUUCAAAUACAUAUCAGCCUGUGAAGCUUCUUGGAGAAUUUUCGCAAACGAAGUUCAUUAUAGAUUUCCUGCUGUAACGAGGCUACCUUUUCACUUACCUGGUCAACACAAUGUAGUAUACGGUGAAGAUGAUGAUAUUGAAGAUGUGUUGAACAAACCAUCUGUUGCUUCAUCUAUUUUUUUGCAAUGGAUGCGUUUAAAUGAACAUGAUGAAGAAGCACGUAAGCUGACUUAUGUGGAGUUCCCAUCAAAGUAUGUUUGGAACUUAAAAGAUAGAUGCUGGCAAGUACGAAAAAGGUAUAAAACUGUUGGUAGAGUUCAUUCUGUUUCGAUUGCUUCAGGAGAACCUUAUUACUUAAGGAUUCUUCUAAAUAAAGUUAGAGGUCCUAAAUCAUUUGAAGAGAUUCGAACAGUGAACGGACAAGUAUUUCCGACAUUUAAAGAGGCAUGUUAUGCGAUGGGUCUUUUAGAUGAUGACAACGAAUAUGUUGAAGCCAUUAAGGAAGCAAGUUUUGAAGCUCACUGUCGGUAUUUAAGAUCAUUAUUUGCGACAUUGCUUUUAACAAAUACGCUAUCACGACCUGAAUUUGUGUGGGAAAAAACUUGGCACUUACUAGGAGACGAUAUUCUAUACAAGCGUCGCAAAGAGACACAUAUCCCUGAUCUAAUGAUUCCUGAACAUCAUUUGAAGAAUCUUAUUUUGGUGGAAAUCGAGAAUUAUUUAAUUUCCAAUGGGUCAACCUUAAGUAGGUUUUCUAUGAUGCCCUUUCCAGACGAUGAUUCUUUACGUCAAGGAACUAAUCGUCUAAUCAAUGAGGAAUUAUCGCAUGACACACAUGAGUUGAAAAGUGAGUUUAGUCGAUUGAAAGAAUCUCUAACUGAAGAGCAGUUAAACGUUUUUAACGAAAUUGUCAAUGCAGUGGAAUGCCAAAGUGGAGGGUUGUUUUUCGUAUAUGGUUACGGUGGAACAGGGAAGACUUUUUUGUGGAAGACCUUGGCUUCUGCAAUCAGAUCUAAAGGUCAGAUAGUGUUGAACGUUGCUUCAAGUGGUAUUGCAUCAUUAUUAUUAUCUAGAGGAAGGACAGCACAUUCUAGAUUUAAAAUUCCCAUAAACUUGACUGAAGAUUCCAUGUGCUUCAUUAAGCCGAAUGAUGACGUUGCUAAUCUUUUAAAAGAGGCAAAGUUGAUUAUAUGGGAUGAAGCCCCUAUGGUACACAAGCAUGCGUUUGAGGCACUAGAUCGAACAAUGAAGGACAUUCUAUCGUCUUCUACGAAUAACCAUUCUGAGCUACCAUUUGGAGGUAAAGUUAUUGUGUUUGGUGGUGACUUUAGACAGAUACUUCCUGUUAUCCCAAACGGUACUAGACAGCAGAUUGUUAAUGCAUCUUUGAGUUCUUCAUAUCUAUGGUCAGAAUGCAAGGUUUUAAAGGUAACAAAAAACAUGAGGUUGAGAAUUGGAGCUGAAUCAUCUAACAGCGAUUCGAUUCAGAAGUUUGCAAAAUGGCUACUUGAUAUUGGUGAAGGAAACAUUGGUUCAGAAAAGGAUGGUGAAGCGUUUAUAGAGAUACCCGAUGAUUUAGUAAUUACCGACUCAGAUGAUCCAAUUCAAAGUUUAAUCGACUUUGUUUAUCCUUCUAUUUUACAUCAGUAUAAAAAUCCUGGAUUCUUUUCAGAGAGAGCAAUUUUAGCACCAAAGAAUGAAGUAGUUCAUGAGAUUAAUGACCGAUUACUUUCAUUAUUUCCAGGUGAAGAAAAAGAGUAUUUGAGCUCUGACAGUAUAUGUCAAACUAAGCAACUUCUUGAUUCUUUUCAACAAGGUCUAUACUCUCCUGACAAUUUGAAUGCUCUGAAAAUAUCUGGUUUACCUAACCAUAGGUUGGUUCUUAAAGUUGGUGUUCCUGUGAUGCUUCUUCGAAACAUUGAUCAACAGAACGGAUUAUGUAAUGGUACUAGACUUCAAGUAACCUUUCUUGGUAAAAGAGUAAUUGAAGCGGAAGUAAUAUCCGGCGGAAAUAUCGGCACAAGAGUUUUUAUUCCAAGGAUUAGUAUGGUUCCUUCAGACAAGAAGAUACCUUUUCAAUUUCAAAGAAGGCAAUUUCCUUUAACAGUUUGUUUUGCUAUUGCAAUUAACAAGAAUCAAGGGCAGUCGCUAUCUAGAGUUGGUUUAUAUUUAAAAGAUCCUGUUUUUACUCACGGUCAAUUGUACGUCGCGUUAUCAAGAGUCAAGAGCAGGGAAGGUGUUAAAAUUUUAUCAUUUGAUUGCGAUGGUAAACCUACAGCGAAGACAUCUAAGGUAGUGUACAAGGAGAUUUUUCAUAACUUAUAA